AUGUCUCGUCUUGGCAAUAUUCCUGACGCAUCUCUGGUUCUGCCUCGUGCUCCUGAUUGUCAGCAUUGUGGAACGAAAAGGUUCCAUUUGGAACCUUCUUCCUUUUGCUAUUCAGGGGGAGAGAUCUCUAUCGUUGCUCCUCCAAUGCCUUACGAUUUGAAACGUUUAUUCAUUGGCAGCGAUGAAAAGAGUGCUCACUUUAGAACCAUUGUUUGCACUUAUAACAACAACCUUGGCUUUACAUCUUUUGCCGCGAAAUAUGACUCUGAAUUAACAAAGAACACAAAAGGUGUCUAUACCUUCCGUGUUCAAGGUCAGGUUUACCACUUUCUUGAUGGUCUUAUUCACUUAGGUGAUCGACCAUCUGGAAUCCAAUUAUAUUUUUUUGACACUGAUGAGGAAUUAACAAAGAGGCUUGUUAACUCAGAUAAGCUGCGCGAAAGCACUUUAAAAUUGCUUAUGCGCGUUCUUUCUGACAAUCCUUAUGCUCGGUUCUUUAAAAGCCUUAGGGAUGUUCCACACCUUGACAACCUGAACAUUAUCCUUAAUUGUUAUCCUUCACUUGACCAGCGAGUAUAUAACCUUCCCUCAACCUCGCAAGUAGCAGCUAUAUGGACUGAAAGUGAAGAUCAGUUAUCCGAUAGGCGCGCUCAUAUUCAGGUUUAUUCUCGCUCGGCCGGUAGCCAUAGGAUUCAACAUUACUAUGGCUGUUACGACCCUUUACAGUACCCUCUCCUUUUCCCUCGUGGUGAGUGUGGCUGGCACCAUGGAAUUAAAAGACUUUGCAAGAGGAAAAGAGGAGGGGACGCUUGUGAGGAUGAUAUUAACAUUGAUCCAACUUCAGUUAACUCCUCAUCGGAGUUAAUCGAUUUAGAACAAAGAGCUGCUGACCGAGGAAAAAUAGAGGAAGGUAUUGUAUCUGCUAGGGAGUACUACUGUUAUAGGUUCCAAAUAAGGGACGAUGAUGAGUCAAUGCUGUUACACACUCUUAGGCUGCUACAACAGUUUUCAGUUGAUGCUUAUGUCAAGAUUGAAACAUGUAGGCUUGACUUUCAUAGGCAUCGACAAAACAAUAUACGUUCCGAAAUUCUACAGGGAGUUCUUGACAGUGUUUCUGUUGGCCAGACUGCUGCUUCUAAGGUUGGUCGUAAGGUCAUUCUUCCAGCUUCCUUUAUAGGUGGUCCGAGGGAUAUGAGGCGUCGUUACCUUGAUGCGAUGGCACUGGUACAAAAAUAUGGAAAACCAGACAUUUUUCUUACAAUGACGCGUAAUCCAGCAUGGAAAGAAAUUCAGGAAAAUUUGAAAUACCAUGAAAAACCUCAGGAUCGGCCAGACCUUCUCGCUAGAGUUUUUAGAGCCAAGUUUGAAAUGCUUAAAGCAGAAAUUCUGAAUAAGCAGAUCUUCGUCGAGGUUUCAGCGUAUGUUUACGUGAUCGAAUUUCAAAAACGAGGCUUUCCUCAUGCCCAUUUAUUAUUGAUCUUAAAACCUGGUCAUAAGCUGCUUAAUCCAGAGUCGUACGACAAAGUAGUUUGUGCUGAGUUGCCCGACAAAGAUAGAUAUCCUCACUUGUAUUCUCUUGUUGUGAAACAUAUGAUCCAUGGUCCUUGCGGAGCCAUGGAUACAUCUUGUCUUUGUAUGAGAGAUGGAACCUGCAAAAAUUGCUAUCCAAAGAGCUUUUGUUCUCAAACGACUCAUGGUGAGGAUACCUAUCUGUGUUAUAGGAGAAGGGAUGAUGGCAAAAAAGUGAAGGUUCGUAGAUUUACUCUUGAUAAUAGAUGGGUUGUGCCUUACAACCCUUACCUGCUUGCUUUAUUUGAUUGCCACAUCAAUGUCGAAAUUUGUUCUACUCUUAAGCUCGUGAAGUACUUGUAUAAGUAUGUUUUCAAAGGACACGAUCAAGUGAGCUUUAAGAUUAUUUCCUGUGGAUCAGCGGAUGCUAUUGAUGAAAUAAAAGACUUCCAGAAAGGUAGAUGGGUUUCAUCUCCAGAAGCUUUUUGGCGCAUUUAUGAAUUUAAGCUGAGCGAAAUGACCCCGGUAGUUUACACCCUUCAGAUUCACCUUCUAGAUCAGCAAUUCAUUUCCUUUGACAAGAACUCUGACUUGCUGCAAUUACUGAGUAAAAUUGACUUUUCUAAGACAAUGUUAACUCAGUUUUUUCGCAUGAACAAAACCAAUCCUAGAGCACAGAAUCUGAAAUGCUUGUAUAGAGAUUUUCCUAAGCAUUUUGUUUGGUCUGCUAAAUAUAAAGAGUGGACUGAAAGAAAGCGUCGAAAGGUGAUUGGUCGCAUGGUCACUGUUAGUCCAAAGGAAGGAGAAAGAUAUUAUUUGAGGUUGCUUUUGACACACAUUGCUGGCCCGACCUCUUUUGAAGACCUUCUGACUGUUAAUGAACAGAAAUUAGGUUCGUUUAGAGAAGCUGCUUUAGCUCUUGGCCUUCUACAGUCCGAUGCGUAUAUAGAGGAGACGCUUCAGGAAGCGAUAGCAUUUCAAAUGCCGUCCUCAUUGAGGCUAUUGUUUGCCACUCUCCUUGUGUACUGUUCUCCGACAAAUCCUAGAUCGCUUUGGGAAAAAUUUGAACAUGAGCUUUCUGCUGACUAUAAUCACCAACAACCAUUCCAUGGCUUUUCUUCACUUGAAAUUAGACGGAAAGUUUUGGAAGAUAUUAACAGUUCACUUGAACAAAUGGGGAAAAGCAUUACUGAUUUCCACUUUGUCUCUGAUGAUUUUACAUGCGACUAUACUGAACGGUUAACAAAGGAGAUUGAAAGUGAGAAAAGCUUAGCAGUGACACCUGAGGACCUGCUUUUGCCUCAGCUGCUAAAUUCUGAGCAAAAACAUGCCUAUGAUCUAAUCCUAACAGCAUGUUUUUCCUUAGAAGGCCAGGCUUUUUUCGUUGAUGGCCCCGGCGACACCGGUAAAACGUUCCUGUAUCGGUUGCUUCUCACGACCUUGCGGUCGCAGAACCAUGUUGCAAUUGUAGUGGCAACAUCUGGAAUUGCGACAUCAAUCCUUCCUGGUGGAAGGACAGCUCACUCGCGAUUCAAGAUACCACUUGAUUUCUCGAAAGCUAAGAGUUGCCAGCUUAGUAAACAAAGUUCUGCUGCAAAACUCAUUUCAGAAUCUAAGCUUAUUUUGUGGGAUGAAGCUUCAAUGGCUAAGCGGGACACAAUUGAAGCCUUUAACGAAUUGCUGAAGGAUUUAAUGGACUCAGAUUUGCCUUUUGGAGGAAAGCUUCUUUUACACGGGUUACUAGAAAGUGUCUUUCCAGAUUUGAACACCUAUUCGCAAGAUCCUUAUAACCUAAUAAAUAGGUGCAUCCUUGCGCCUAAAAAUAGCUCAGUUGAUGAGCUCAAUGAAAUAAUGAUUAGGAGAUUUCUUGGAAGCCUUCAAACUUAUAUUAGCUCGGACAAGACUGUUGAUCAGCGGCACCAAGGUGAUUACGAGGACUUCCUCAAUUCUCAAAAUCCUAAAGGUCUUCCUCCUCAUAAGUUGUUGUUGAAGGAAAACUGUCCACUGAUGCUUCUAAGAAAUCUGAAUCCAGCUGAAGGUCUUUGCAAUGGCACAAGGUUAAUAUGUAAGGAACUUGGCCAACACACAAUUUCUGCUGAGAUUGUUUUUGGCCAUCAUCGAGGAAAAAGAGUUUUCAUUCCAAGGAUACCUCUUCAAACGCCUGACAAUGACAAAAAUGGGAUUCCAUUCAUAAGAACGCAGUUUCCUGUCCGCCUUUGCUUCGCUUUAACCAUCAAUAAAUCACAGGGCCAAACUCUUGACUACGUCGGCAUCUAUCUACGCGAACCGAUUUUUUCUCAUGGCCAGCUGUAUGUUGCUCUAUCCAGAGCUAAGACCGCUGCCAAAGUUAAAGUUCUUCUUGUUCCUGGAACAUUUGAUGACACAAAAGUAGAUUGCAAAACUCGAAAUGUUGUCUUUGAUGAAAUUUUUAGAAUAGCUCAAGCCUAA